AUAUCUAUUAAUCUGGUAGGCCCGUAGAGGUGGGAAACGAACUGUAACUACUAGUCUAAAACUUCCCUUGGGCACAAACUGUGCGGUUUAAAUCUGUUUAUCUCUUCGUAUCUCUCUUUCUCUCUCUACAAUUAAUCACUCACUGCUCCAAAUAACAGGAGCUUCUCAGAAUUCUUUGGUCUUCCCGACGUUUCUCGGGCACAAAAUUGGUAGGCCCGUUUCGCUAUGGCAGCAGCUGCAUUCUGUUACAUGACCCAUCGCCAUGGCGUCAACAACCUCAAUCAACUUCUUCCCCACACCCAUACUGUUAAUCGGAUUGAUCAUGUGUUGUCUCUUCCAGAUGUUGGUCUUAGGCCAUCAAAUUCGAAAAUAUAUUUGAAUAAAGCGAUUACCACGAGAACAUCACAUUCUACACAAAGGCAGCACAGAAUCUUGUUAAAGUGCGCGGUACAGCAAUAUAGUGAAGAAGCGAAGGAGGAGCAUAUCUCUAAGGCAACUUUGAUAUGGAGAGCCAUCAAAUUACCUAUGUACACCGUUGCUCUCAUCCCUAUAACUGUAGGAAGUGCAGCAGCUUAUUUCGAGACAGGCCAGUAUUUUGCAAACCGUUUCCUCAGACUGUUUGUUUCCUCAGCUUGUAUUAUAGCUUGGGUCAACUUAAGCAAUGAUGUGUACGAUUUUGAUACUGGAGCGGAUAUAAACAAGAAAGAAUCAGUUGUUAACCUAGUCGGCAGCCGGACAUGGACUCAUGUUCUUGCUUGGAUACUACUUGCACUUGGUUUCAUCGGCCUUUCUUGGGUGUCUGUGGAAGCUUCAAGCCUACGUCCUAUAUUGCUACUUUCGUAUGCUAUAGUUUGUGGCUACGUUUACCAGUGUCCACCAUUUCGCUUGAGUUACAUGGGAUUGGGGGAGCCGUUGUGCUUUGCAGCAUUCGGGCCGUUUGCAACGAUUGCCUUUUACUUGCUUCAGAGCGGCACAAAGGUGCUGUCGAUUUCUGGAGCUGUCGUUGCUUCAUCGAUUCUUGUUGGCCUCACAACUUCCUUGAUCCUCUUCUGUAGUCAUUUUCAUCAGAUAGAGGAUGACAAGGCAGUUGGAAAAUUUUCCCCUUUGGUGAGGCUCGGAACUGAAAGAGGCGCGAAAGUAGUGAAACUAACUGUCGUCGUGCUAUAUAUGCUUGUUUUCAUUCUAGGACUCUGCCAAACUCUUCCUUUUUCAUCUGUAAUUCUAUGUGCCUUAACUUUGCCAGUUGGGAAUUUGGUAGUUAGCUUUGUUGACAACUACCACAAGGACAAGACAAAGAUCUUCAUGGCCAAAUACUACUGUGUGAGAUUGCACACGGUGUUCGGAGCUGCAUUGGCGGCGGGGCUGGUGGCGGCUAGAAUGUUUGCCAGAAAGCAACUUCCGCAAGCUAUCCUUCUUUGAACUAAUUUUCUCUCACCAAACAACUCAAAAAUAGGCUGCUGGAACAUUUUUCAAUUAAUUUUCAAUUGUCCAAUUAUGCUA